AGGCCACACCCUUAACAGCAACACACCACCUAUUGACUGUUAUCUAGCGCACGGCUGUAAACUUCACCCGUAUCAAAUUUUUUCCCACGCCGCUUCAUCGCAUCACGUUACAACAAAGACCUCGCGCAGUUUGAAAAACACGCAAUAGCAUCACUUUUCACCGUUUUUCCGCAUCUCAGUCGUCCGUCAUCAUGCCCAUCUCCAAGAAAGACAGACGCAACAAGGAGCAGAAGAAGGCCGAUGCUGCCGGUACUCGUGCUCCCGUGAAGCCCAACGGUCUGCCUGUCAAGGCGCCCAAGCCCACUUCCAUCUGCCAGAACUGUCGCAAGGAGAUUGUCAACACGAACAAGAUCCAGCUGGAAGUGCACGCGAGCACUCACAACGAGAAGCUCUGGCCCAAGGAGAAGUGCUGGCCCAACGAUUUCCAAUAGAGUCGCAGUCCGUUGAUCGGGGAUCGGGGAUGAGAUAAGAUGCAGGGUGACACAAUGGCAGGAGCCGAAUGAGUGGUUCACUCAGUCCCAAGGCUCAAGAUUUACGCAUAUACCCUGGUAUUAGCAUGCAUGAUGAGCAAUGAUUCGACUACCACACGCAAGUAGCUUCUGUUGAUAAUGAAUAAACAAGGCCAUCAAAAGAAGAGAAACAUUUAAGACACGUACCCAACGCCAUGUGAGCGACUCCUUAUGUAGGCACCU